AUGCCGCCCGAAGAGUCCAAGCCAGUCGAGCCCAAGGUCGACGAGAUCGACGCAAAGGUCAAAUCCGUCGCGCUCGAGUCCGAGAACGAGGACGAUGCCUCCGAGGACGAUGGGGCCGCGCCCGCUGCCGGCGAGGCUGGUUCCAGCUCCGGCAAGAAGAAGAAGAAGUCCAAGCGCAAGAAGGCCAAGGAUCUCCUGACUGGGAAGUCUUCCACAAAGGAGGAGAACAUCCAAAAGGCUCUUGGGGAGUUGACGCCGCAACAAGCCCAAGAGUUCCUGUCGCUGAACCCAGCCCUCGCUGCCGAGCUGGACGCCAACCCCGAAGCCGCGGCCGAGAAGCUCAGCAAGAUGAACAUGCGCGAUAUUAUGACCGGUCUUGCCGCCAGUGGGAAGAACGUCAAGGAGAUGGGCGCAUACAAGUUCUGGCAGACCCAGCCCGUGCCCAAAUUUGAUGAGGAUGACAAGCUGGAGGAGGGCCCCAUCAAGGUGCAAAAGGUGGAAGACGUCUCGACUGAGCAAGCGGCGCUGGUGCCCGGGUUCGAAUGGGUGACCAUGGACCUCAUAGACGAUGGCGAGAUCAAGGAGGUGUACGAGCUGCUGAACGGCCACUACGUCGAAGAUGACGGUGCCAUGUUCCGGUUCAACUACUCACCCUCCUUUUUGCGCUGGGCCAUGAUGUCGCCCGGCUGGCACAAGCGGUACCACGUCGGCGUUCGGGCCACGCAGUCGCGCAAGCUGGUUGCCUACAUCUCCGCCAUUCCAGCGCACGUCCGCGUCCGCGACAAGGUCGUGCUCUGCUCCGAGGUCAACUUCCUUGUCGUUCACAAGAAGCUCCGCGGCAAGCGCCUUGCGCCUGUCCUCAUCAAGGAGAUCACUCGCAUCAGCAAUCUCAACGGCAUCUGGCAAGGCGUCCACACCGCCGGCAUUGUCCUUCCUCGACCUGUCAGCACGUGCCGCUACUUCCACCGCAGCCUCAACUGGCAGAAGCUAUACGAGUGCGGCUUCAGCCCCUUGCCGCCUGGCAGCAAACCCCAGUACCAGGUUCGCAAGUACGCCCUCCCUGAGACCACGUCCACAAAGGGUCUCCGCAAAAUGACAGAGAAAGACAUUGAUGAAGUCAUGCCCCUCUUUGAGCGAUACAUGUCAAGGUUCGACAUGGCUCCUCAGUUCACCCGAGAGGAAGCUAUUCACUGGCUGGUGCCAAAGACUCCAGAGGGCGGUGAGGAGGUUGUGUGGUCAUAUGUCGUGGUCGACGGCAACGGCAAGAUCACCGACUUCUUUUCGUUCAACUGCAUCGAGUCGUCUGUCAUCAACAACAGCAAGCACAGCGUACUUCGCGUGGCGUAUCUCUGGUACUACGGCACGGAAGCGGCAAUGACCACGCCGUACGAUCGCAAGGCGCAUGCCGCGAGGAUGAAUGAGCUGGUGCACGAUGCACUCAUCCUGGCCAAGAACCUCAAAUUCGACGUCUUCAAUGCGCUCUCGUUGAUGGACAACGGGCUCUUCCUAGAGCAACAAAAGUUCGGCGGCGGUGACGGACAACUGCACUACUACCUGUUCAACUACCGCGCGCGCCCGAUCGCUGGUGGUGUCGACGAGAGGAAUCAGCUCGAUGACCAGAACCUGAGUGGCAUCGGUUUCAUCAUGCUCUAG